AUGAGAGCCGCAGACAUUGGAGAACCACCGCCUAUCUAUUGGGAGAGUGUUGCGCCCGAACACUGUGCGAAUGUCACACAAAUGGCGCAGCGCGAAACUGCCCCAUCCGCGGCUGCAAAUUCUGCGUGGGCGUCAAACUCAAGUUCGAUCCCCCCAGGAGCUUCUGGCUUUUUGCGGCAUGCACUGUGCAGAUUCCUUGAAGUGGUGGGUUUUUGGCGUGGCACAGCGCUGUUCGGUGGAACAUUCGGCAGUUUUAAGUUGAGCACUGGACGAAGUCGGACGACUGGGCGAUGGGGCGCUGGUGAUAUGGCUGCUGCUAGAGCAGGAUCUGCGGGGCCUGUGGGACCUGGGAGCAGCUUUUUGCCUAACGGGCAAAACUGUUACCAGCGGUGUGGUGGUGGGCAGUUUGUGUGUCUGAACGCGGAUAUGCGGAAACUGUUGCAUGGAGCAUUCAUGAUCAAUUCAAUGAUUCUGGCCGUGUGUUUUAUGGUGUUCGAUUUGGAAUGGCGACGUGAGGUGUUCAACGCUAAAGCCAGCUGUGCAUGGCAGUCCGAGUUACUGGAAUUGUUCAUU